CUCCGGAAGAUUAUUCGUGACGACCAGCAGUGGGAUCUCCAUCUUGCCCACGCAGAGAUAGCCUACAACCACGCCGUCUCGCCAGCCACGGGGAUGUCGCCUUACUAUUGCGACCUCGACUAUCACCCGCGUGUUCCCGCGGACUUCCUUCGACCGUCCCAGAUGCACCCCGACACGAGUUGUCCCGCGCUGGAUCAUUGGGUUGCACACAUGACGUCGAUUAUGAAGACUGCACAUGAGCACAUAGCCGCUUCCCACACUCGCAUGGCAGCACGUGCGAACCGAUCGCGGAUGGAUUACCCAUUCAAGGUCGGUGAUGAUGUGCUUAUCGACGCCCGCCACUUACAGCUCGAAGCGGGCACGCUUCACAAGUUUUGGCGUCUCUUCUUUGGCCCAUGCGGCAUCCUCCAGGCCGUCGCUUUUGAUACGGCAUCUAGCCCGGUCAACUUUCGUGUGAAGCUGCCCGACUACCUACGCCAGGCUCAUGUGCAUGAUGUCUACCACGUCUCGUUACUGCGUCCUUACCGCAGACCGUCUGAGUGUUUCGCUGGACGACCAUGCGAGCGCCCUCCACCCAUCAUGGUGGACGGCCACGAGGAGUUCCUCGUUUCAGAUAUCAUUGGUCGCCGAGUCACCGACGACAACCCUCCCCACGUCGAGUAUCUCGUACGUUGGAAGCGUUACCCUGAUAAGGAGGCUACCUGGGAGCCCCUCGAGGACUUAGAGCACGCUCGCAUGUUGGUGCGUGCCUAUGACCGUGCUCGUCGUGCUGGGUUCACUGYUCCUCCUCAGCCCACUGACCCUCCUCCUUCUCCUCCGGCUGAGGAGACCGCUAAAGUUGAGCCUGCUCCAUCUGAGGCAGACCUUCAGCAGCAGCCGGAUGCUUCUGAGCCUGUUGCUGUUGGUGCACAAGGUGUUGUUGGAUCGCUUGAGCCUGACAGUUUUCAUGUACCUGCGCUUGCAGCAGCUGCUGUUGUUGCUUUCGCAGCUGCUGCUGCUGCUGUUGUUGUCACAGGAGCAGGUGCCAUUCUUGCUCUUGUGCUUGGUGUUGCUGUUGCUGCAAUAACUACUGCUGCUGGUGGUGGUGUAUUUGUUGUUGCCUGGCUUGAGCGUGCAGCAGCUCCUGUUGCACGCAGCCCUGCUGCUGCUUUUCUUGUUGCAUUUGCAGCUGUUGUGGUGAGUGCUGUUGUUGUUGCUGCAGCUGCUGCUGUUGCUUCGUGCUGGCCAGCGAUUGUUCAUACCGUUGUGGAUGUUGUUGCUGCAUCAAUGCCGGAGUCUCCGUCUCUUCGCCCGCCUUCUCCACAUCGUCACAUGGGGCGGCCAAAGGCAGGGGGGACACGAAUUGGAUCUGUUGAGGCUGGUCGUGUACGGUGGUGUUAGUGUGGGUGACUUUGGCAUCUUCCUCAUGACAUCGUUCGAGCUCGAGCAGUC